AUGUGCAACGGACGUUUUGAUACUCCUAGCCAUCCUCUCUUUACGACACUGAAGACUCUCCAUGAAGAUGACUUCCAUAACCCAAAUUUUUUGCCUAAUACUGAAGAUGGACCAAGACAACCGUGGCAUGAUCUGCACAGCAAAAUUGAUGGUCCAGCUGCAUAUGACCUGCUUGCUAAUUUUGAAGAACGCUGGGAAAAAGCUUUACAGAAAAAACACAAAAUUUGGAAACAUGGGUCGUCUUCUGAUGAUGCUUUGCUUAAGAUUGUCAUGAUACCUGAAAUCAUGGAACUAUCAGAAGCUUCUUCUACUGAUGAUAGUGAUCCAGAGUCUUGGCAUGUUCAGGUUUUCCGUUCAAUUGAUUCAACCUCGGUAAAUGGAUUUCCAAAUAACUCAAAGGAGGAUCCUGGAAGAAAUCUUCGAUGUGGGAAGAAUAUACACAUAGACAUGAGCAUACACGCGGCUUAUGUUAAGGCCAUAAGAUCUGCUAAGCAUUUCAUUUACAUUGAAAACCAAUAUUUUUUGGGAUCAUCAUUCAACUGGGAUUCACAUAAGGACCUCGGUGCUAAUAAUCUAAUCCCUAUGGAAAUCGCGCUAAAGAUUGCUAGUAAGAUUAGAGCUAGGGAGAAGUUUGCUGCGUAUAUCGUCAUUCCAAUGUGGCCAGAAGGUGAUCCAAAUGAUAUGUUUAUGCAGAGCAUUCUAUACUGGCAGUAUAAAACCAUGAAAAUGAUGUAUCAGACUAUCUACAAGGCACUUGUGGAAGCUGAACUUGAUGAUCAGUAUGAGCCACAAGACUAUUUGAACUUUUUCUGUCUUGGAACCAGAGAGGCUUCGAAAGAAAUAGUUAGCAAACAUAGUUCGCACAAUCCAUCUAAGAAAACUUUGAAGAGUCGAAGAUUCAUGAUCUAUGUGCAUUCCAAAGGUAUGGUAGUGGACGAUGAGUUUGUCUUAAUUGGCUCUGCGAAUAUCAACCAGAGAUCCUUGGAAGGAUCUAGAGACACUGAAAUCGCCAUGGGAGGGUAUCAACUACACCAUUCAUGGGCUAAGAAAGGCUCUCGUCCUCGUGGUCAGAUAUUUGGAUACAGAAUGUCGCUGUGGGCUGAACAUCUAGGGUUUCUAGAGAAAUGUUUCGAAGAGCCAGAGAACAUGGAAUGUGUGAGACGGGUUAGGCAUUUGAGUGAGGGCAACUGGAGACAGUAUGCAGCAGAGGAAGUCACAGAGAUGACAAGUCAUCUUCUAAAGUAUCCAGUUCAAGUGGAUAGAACAGGCAAAGUAAGUUCUCUUCCUGGGUGCAAGACAUUCCCGGAUGUCGGUGGCAAGAUCACAGGGCACGUUUCAUGGGCUGGAAUGAAACAAUAUCAUCUGAAAAUUACCUUGUAG